AUGGACUUUGCAGCGUACACGACAAAAUUGGAGCCCUUUCUGCUCAUGUCUAAGAGCGCAAAGGGUGCUGCGGCCGCAAAGCUGAUCCAAGAUGCGACAACGGCCCCCGGCGUCUAUGUCUUUGCUCAACUUCUGGAAACGCAGAACAUUCGAGAGCUUCAAGCAAACCCAGACCACCAAGCAUCGUACGCUCUUUUGGAGUUGUUUGCUCAUGGAACAUAUCAAGACUACAAAGCAAAGCAGUCGUCUUACCCGGCCCUGAAUUCGGAGCAGAUCACAAAGCUAAAGUACUUAUCGUUGGCAUCUAUGGCCAUGAAAACCAGGAUACUGGCGUACAACACCCUUUUGUCAAAUCUCGAUAUCAGCUCAAUCCGUGAACUUGAAGAUCUCAUCAUAGAUGCAAUCUAUCGGGAUAUAGUCCGUGGUAAACUGGACCAGAAAGAACAGCAAUUCGAAGUAGAGUUUACGAUGGGCCGUGACCUCUCCAUGUCCCAGCUUCCAGGACUUCUCGAAGAGCUCCAGCGAUGGUCUCAGAGAACAGCUGCAGUGCUAGGCACGCUUGACAAGAAAAUCGAGGCCGUAACGUUGGAGGAGAAGAACGAAAAGCAAGCGUUUGAGAACCAUGAAGCACAGCGCGAAGCCAUGAUUCAGGAGAUCCAGUCAAAGGCGAAGAAAGGGCGUGAAAAGGAGCCCAUCGAAGAUCCGAUGGAGGUGGACGAAGGACCCAACUCGGGUGCGAGUGCACUGGGUUCGCUUCUUGGUCUUGGGAAGAGAAACAAGCCUCAAGCGGGCAGUACGGGCGGGCUCUUCCGUAAACGAACCAAGGGAUAG